CUGGAAGCACUUAACACUGCUCAGUGUUCCAGAUAGUCAAAGAAACUGAGUAGCUCAGCAGAGACAAGCAGAAGAUGUCCUUCAUAAGAGUAAAUGCAGCUUCUGACUUCUCCUACCAGAAUCUUCCAUAUGGGGUGUUCUCCACAUCUGACAAUCCCAAACAUCGCAUCGGUGUUGCAAUUGGAGACCAAAUCCUUGACCUCAGUGUGAUAAGAUCUUUGUUUAUAGGCCCUGUAAUGUCCAAACACUGUGAUGUCUUUGACCAGCCUACACUUAACGCUUUCAUGAGUCUUGGUUAUGAAGCCUGGAGUGAGGCGCGGAGGACGCUACAAAAUCUGCUGUCAGACAAUGAGAGUACUCUGAGAGAUAAUGUCAGCCUUCGGAGCAGGGCAUUUGUCAGUCAGAGUGAAGCCAUGAUGCACCUUCCUGCAAAUGUUGGUGAUUACACUGAUUUCUACUCCUCCAAGGAUCACGCCACUAAUGUCGGCAUCAUGUUUCGAGGAAAGGAGAACGCUUUGAUGCCAAACUGGUUGAGGCUUCCAGUGGGAUACCAUGGCAGAGCAUCAUCACUGGUUGUGUCUGGAACCCCGAUUUGCCGCCCUUGUGGCCAGAUGAGGCCUGAUCAAAGUAACCAUAAUCUCCUAAUAUUUGCCUCAAAACCACCAAUCUUUGGUCCUUCCAAGCAACUGGACCUUGAGCUUGAGAUGGCAUUCUUUGUUGGAGGAGAAAGUCAGCUGGGGGAGCCUAUUCCCAUCAACAAAGCCCAUGAACAUAUCUUUGGGAUGGUACUUAUGAAUGACUGGAGUGCUAGAGAUAUUCAGGCUUGGGAGUAUGUUCCUCUUGGACCUUUCCUGGGAAAGAAUUUUGGGACAACAAUCUCACCCUGGGUUGUGCCAAUGGAAGCACUUUUACCUUUUGCAGAGUCUAAUCCCUUGCAGGAUCCCCAACCUCUCCCGUACCUACAACAUGAAGACGCCUAUACCUUCAACAUUAACCUGUUUGUGUCACUCAAGGGUCAGAGCAUGACUGAGGCUAUAAACAUCUGCAGUUCAAAUUUUAAAUACAUGUACUGGACAAUGAAGCAACAGCUCACCCAUCACACAAGUAAUGGCUGCAAUGUCAGACCAGGAGACUUACUGGCUUCCGGUACCAUCAGUGGGCCCGUAAGUGUCAGCAGUAAGAACCCUGGCAGCUUUGGUUCAAUGCUGGAGCUGUCUUGGAGAGGGUCAAAGAGUAUUGACAUUGGAGGAGGAGAAACUAGAACAUUCUUGAAGGAUGGAGAUGAGAUCACCAUCACAGGUUAGACAUUUUGGUGUCAAAGGUUACUGUAAAGGAGAUGGAUACAGGGUGGGGUUCGGACUCUGCAAAGGAACCAUCCUCCCAGCUCUAAAACACUGAAACCAACAGUGGUUGAAGUCAUCAUUUAAUGGAAUAUAUAUAUAUAUAUAUAUAUAUAUAUAUAUAUAUAUAUAUAUAUAUAUACAUAUACAUAGACAUAUAUGAAAAGCCUCAGUAAGCAAUAUUAUUUGUUUUUGUAUCCCUCGCUCAAUAAAAAUCAGUUCACCUUAGUCUCCUCAGCAUCAGCAUUUUCUAAGCUCAUUCAAAACUGCAUACUAUAGAUAUGCUUUUUACCUUUUAAAACUGCAAUAUGUAAUGCUUAUCAAAAUUUAGUCAAACUGUCACCAUGUUUUGACAAUAUAAUAUGAGACAGAUAAUCUGUGAAAAGAUCGAGCUCCUUCACUUCCUCCCAGUAGUAUUACUACAGCUGUCUGCAAAACUGUACCUCUCCUGAUCAUAAAACAAUCAAUCGAAGCCAGGAGAAAGAUCUUAGGAUUGUUAAACAUGCUUAUGUAUGUACUGCCCAAUGUCUAACUGAUGAUGAGACAACUUACUGUUCCAGGAAAACGAUUUAUCCGCUGUCAUCGGUGACGAUGCUAAAUAAUCUUAGCAAGCUCCAUAGUGGUGACCCAGCAGUUGGUUACCAGACGGAAAAGGGGGAUGGUGUUAGCAUCUCUAAGACCUCCUGCUGGUACUGAUAUGUUCUUUCUAAUGGAGCAGUGUAUUUCUGUAGAUCAAUCUCUUUCAAAUUGGGGUCCUCAAGGUACUGCAUGUAAACAACCGUUUGUUUUCCAUAAUAAACAAAGUGCGACUCUAUAGUUAAUUCACCAAAGGAUUGUGUUUAAAAAUAAUAAUGAAGCUCACCGAGAUGUUCAGAUGUUCUUGUUCAACUGUUUUCUUUAGUUGUUGUGGAAAAUGAUGUUUGUAUCUUAAUUUCCCAAAUAUUUUGUAUGAAUUAAGAAUGGAGCAUUAUUUUUGUAAAUAAUAAAAUGAAGCCUUGGUGUAAAUUCAAACUGGAAGACUCUUCAGCCCCACCUGCGUUACAUUCAUCUGCUGCAGCCCAUCAACAUUAGACCAUGCCUCCUCUUAGCGAGUCAUCAGUUAACCUUCUGUUUAUAAGGACCUUCAUCCAUGACACCAUGUGUUUUCCAGAGGGGAAGAUGUUGCCAAACAGCAUCGCAAAAUGCUCAUCCAAGCUUAAAGCAAUUCACAGCACAGUGUCUUUUGUGAAGGUCAGAGUUCCUUCUCCCAUAAAUUAAUUUGUAAAAAAAUAAAAUAAACUUUAAAAAUAAAACUUUUUAAUCAUUUUUUUUCUUAAUGUGAGUCUCUCCAGAUUGAAAUAAAGUCUUUUUAGAAAAAAAAAAGAAACAUAAGUGAAGGUAUCGGUGGAAAGAAAACAGCGCCAGGACUGCUUAUAUGAUCAGAGGAAGCCAAGCGGUACCUCCUAAGAGUAUUGACGUGUCGUUCAUAAGCAAUUCAAUUUCUUUGAACAGCUGUACACCAUGAACGAGUUUUCAGUUGGUGAAAAUUUUUUGCAACUUUGCUUGCUUGUAAUCUCUGCUCACACGUCAACUAUUGCUAUUUUUAUAUUUCAGUCAAAGGUUGCAUAUGAGAGAUGAAUGCAGAUGCAAUGUCCUUCAUCCACUGCUGAAGAAUGAGGACUCCCUUCGCCUGUGGUUAUAAACUGUAAAAUGGACAAAAUUAAAUUAAAAAAAAAAAAUAUAUAUA